AUGCAGAUCAAGAACAUUGUUGCAGCCCUCGCGGGCAUGGCCGUAGUCGAGGCCUCCGUCACCUUCCUCGACUCGCCUUUGAGCGCCGCCCUGGCCAAGCGUCAAAACCGUGGUGGAAACCGUGGCGGAAACAACAACAACAACGGCGGAAACAACGGUGGAAACAACAACAACAACGCCGGCGGUGGACAGCUGUGUUUGCAGCAGGCCAACGUUCAGAAGGGUUCGCAGUCGGCUGGAACGCCCGCCGCUCAGCAGGCUCAGUCCAAAACUGACAACGCCAACUUCAUCAACUUCUGCCAGGGCGAGACCUUGACCGACGGCAAGCAAAUCACCGGAGGAUCCUGCAACGGUAUCGUCAUGGGCAAGAUCCCUCCCAACAACAAGAUGGUUUCCACCGUGCUGCAGAACCCCCCGCACAACGGCAACAUCCAGGCCAACCAGAACUUCGACGUCGAGCUCAAGGUCAACAACCUCGCCGCUGGUUCCUUCACCGACGCCCAGGCCACCUACUACUCCGCCCCUCAGGACCUCAACGGCCAGAACGAGAUCAUCGGCCACGUCCACGUCACCAUCCAGGACAUGGGUAACUCCCUCACCCCCAACCAGCCCCUCGACGCCUCCAAGUUCGUCUUCUUCAAGGGUAUCAACGAUGCCGGCGAUGGAAACGGAAACCUGAAGGCUACCGUCACCGGUGGUCUGCCCGCCGGCAACUACCGUGUCUGCACCAUGUCCUCGUCUUCCAACCACCAGCCUGUUCUGAUGCCCGUCGCUCAGCGUGGUGCCCAGGAUGACUGCAACAAGUUCACUGUUGGAGGAAACGGAGGCAACAACAACAACAAUGGUGGCAACAACAACAACAACGGCGGUAACAACGGCGGAAACAACGGCCAGAACCAGAACAACGGCCAGAACCAAAACCAAGGCCAGAACCAGAACCAAGGCCAAAACGGCGGAAACCGAGGAGGUAAGCAAAACGCCGGUCAACGAGGCGGCCGCGGUGCCGGUGGUGCGGGACGAGGCGCUGGUCAAGGCUUCCCUGGAGCUGGAGGAUUCCCUGGUGGAGGCAACCCUGGUCAAUUCCCUGGUGGCGGAAACCCCUUCGGUGGUGGUGGUGCCCCUUUCCCUGGAUUCGGUAACCCUGGUGCGGCCACUUCACAAACCCAGUCCGGACAGAAUUCCCAAGGUACAGCUGAUGCUAACACGUCCGCUCAGGACGGGGACGCCGCCAGUAAGCCCGCCGCUUCGGCGACAUCUUCGGUAGCCUCGUCGGCGGCGACGCCGACUCCGACGGGAGGCGCCUCCGGCAAUGACAACAACAACAACGGCAACGGAUCUGGAGGAAAUGGAAACGGCAACUCUUCCGGAUCCGCUGGUGGCAAGGGGGGCGCUCAGUCGAACGCUAUCCUCGGGCUCGCGGCCCCGGCGGUCACGGACUCGGGCGAUAGCAGCCGACCCUUCUCCGUCAACGGCAACACUUUCACUUCCAAGGCCACAGCCGUGCAGCGUGCUUGCGACAUUCAACGGAAUUCCUGCUUCAACGCCAUCAACGGUGGACAGGGUAACGGGGCUUCCACGUCCGACUGCGAUGCCCAGGUCCAGGCCUGCAUCCAGGAGCUCUCGUAA